GAGAGGAGGUGUGUAGCUGCAUAGGCGGGUUGGUGUGUGGCAACGUUUCUCUGCCAGAUGAACUGAACAAUACUGAUAUGAAAUCUGAGUAAAGUAGCCUGUGAAUUUCUGGAGGCAUGUCCAAGAAAAGGGGCAGGAAACGAAGCAGCGGGGAACUGAGUGACACAGUAACCCCGGAUCCCAACUGCAUUCUGGGAGUCCGCAUUCAGCAUAACUGGCGUGAGAGGGGCAACCAGAGCAAAUGGAAAGGAACAGUGCUCGACAGACUUAGUGUAAAUCCUUCUCUCUUCAUGGUGAAAUAUGAUGGCUUUGACUGCAUCUAUGGCAUUGAGCUCUUCAAGGAUGAGAGAGUAUCAAACCUGCAAAUCUUGUCAGAAAAAGUUGUAAACAACGAAAUCAAGAUCCCUCCAGGGGCGGAGGAGCUGGUGGGCAAAGCUGUGGAGCAUUUGUUUGAAAAGGAAGAUGGAGAGAAGAAUGAAUGGAGAGGAAUGGUCCUCUCCAGAGCUCCCAUCAUGACCAACUGGUAUUAUAUCACUUAUGAAAAGGACCCCGUUCUUUAUAUGUACCAGCUGUGGGACGACUACACUGACAGAGACCUCAGGAUUCUGCCUGAAGCAGAAAACAAGCACCUGUUGCCUGCAGACAGGAAGCCGGGAGAAGAGACGGAGAGCCUGGCGGGGAAACAAGUGGAGUAUGUUGUGUGUACUGACAAGGGAGUGAAGAGAACAGGCUUGGUCAUCUACCAGGUCCCAGCCAAGCCCUCUGUCUACUGUAUCAAAUAUGAUGAUGACUUUCAUAUUCACGUCUAUGACCUUGUCAAAACCACCUAGAGAUAGUGGACACUUGUAUCUCACUCUCCUGCCUCCCUCCAUCUGCUUCUGUUCUGCUCAUUGUUCUAAUCUGUUCAAAGCCAUGGCAGGGUUGGAUAGCUGACAUGCUUUAUUGUUCAGAAGUCAGUGCAAUCUCUUUUUUUGUAUGCACAACAGAACUGUAGCACUGCUAUGCUUGGCUAUUUUGAGGAGACAGUCUAUUUGUUUCAUUGUUGCUGCUCUACUUUAUAUGUAACUUUAAGUUUGGACAGUCUAAGAUUGCACUGCACAACGGCUGUGCAGCUGUUCCUGCAUUGUUGCCCGUUAUCUGUCCAUAAAGUGAACUUCUUAGUUAACAACAAAGCUGCUCAGAAUAUCCUUUUAAAGACACAUCCAUUUGAAUUGUCUAAAUAGCUCAUAAGCUCGACGUUCACAAUGUCUAGAAUACAUGCUGUCCACUGCUGUAUUUAUUGAAUAAAACAGGCAGAUAAAUACAUGUAUUGUAAUUACCGAAUGAUAUCGAAAUCAGAGUUGGUACCAGAAGAGAUAAAUGUGAGCAGCUUUGUAAAAUCACCUUAAUGGGGCCCCUUUACUUUAAAAAGCCAAUGUACUUCUGCACCGUUGCACCAUAUUUAGUAGUCUUCAUAGCUAUUUGAAUUGGCUACAUACAUGAUGUGAAUCAUGCUGGGCAUCUCUUCUUGUGACCUUGAAAGAAGGUUUCUGCACAGGCUCCAAAAUCCUAAUUUUAACAGCGCAGUGACGCCCAGUCCUUUGUGCUCACAGCUAAGAUGCUAAAUUUGCUUUUGAAUUUGAUCCCACACAAAUCAUAAAGUGCCUUCUGGCUUGCCAUUUUGCAAUAUUGUACAUACUCUUUCUCUGACUGUCUGUGCUCUUAGCGAAUCUUUGAGUAUGCUAUUUAGUUUUCAUUCUGAAGAGGCAACGCUGACAGCUUGAGGAAAGUUUUGCAGCCAUCAGUUUGUAUUAGUGAUGUGUUUUGCUCUUAAUGCAGUAUGUUCUUCAAAUAUAACAUGCAUCAUCAUUGGUUGUGUAAUCUCACUGUUGAUAUCGUGAGGAGCACUUUAUUGUAUAAGGUUUACACAUUUAGGUUAUGGUACACUAUUACAGUUUCCCCAGAAUGUUUUUUCCUUAAGAGCAAAUGUGGCGGAGUUGUGCUUUAAAUUACAUGCAUGAAGAAAAAAAAGGAAAGAAAAAAUAGCUGCAGUUCAUUCAGAUGACAGUAUUUAAUCUGUUAAACUUGUGUAAAAUUACUCCUUGUAAUGUUGCUUGUU